GUACUCGAUGUAUAGUUAAAAAAUGGGAGGGCACACUUGAACCUAGCUCUUCUGUGAAGGUAGGCUGCAGCGUGUGUUUAUUGAUGAGAUGAAAAGAAGAUGGAAGUGAGAAAUGAAACAAAGUAAAGGAACAUACUGAGAAAGAAGAAAAGCAAAGUAAACGCGCUUCGUCGGGGGGAAAAACGGGGAAACACUGUCGACACUUUUUUUUUGAACGAGCUUCAAAGUGCAGCAGAGGAACACAUGAUUUGGACUGAGAGGACUGACAGCCUUGCCUAGCACCAGGUCACUGAUCAGCCAUCUCCACCAGCAAGCUGACCCGCUUUUCAUCACCAGCCUCACAAGCAUUUCAUAAAAAAAAAAAAAACAUCAUCUAACUGUGUCAUCAGUUGCAAGGGGAUGACCGAGCGCAUUCAUAACAUCAAUCUCCACAACUUCAGCAAUUCUGUACUUGAGACCCUCAAUGAGCAACGAAACCGCGGGCACUUCUGUGACGUGACCGUUCGGAUCCAUGGAAGCAUGCUGCGAGCUCACCGGUGCGUGCUGGCCGCUGGAAGCCCAUUCUUUCAGGACAAGCUGCUCUUGGGCUACAGUGACAUCGAGAUCCCCUCUGUGGUCUCAGUUCAAUCCAUCCAGAAGCUGAUUGACUUUAUGUACAGUGGCAUUCUGCGAGUGUCUCAGUCAGAAGCUCUGCAGAUCCUCACCGCCGCCAGCAUUCUGCAGAUAAAGACCGUCAUUGAUGAGUGCACUCGCAUUGUGUCCCAGAACGUGGGCCUUGCUGGUCCAGGGGGGUUCCCGGUGAUACCAGGAGAUUCUGGCCAGGACACCCCUCGUGGCACACCAGAGUCUGGCACCUCUGGGCCCAGCAGCGAUGCGGAGUCAGGCUAUAUGCAAGUAACAUCACAGCAAAGUGUAGAUCGUGCAUACACAUCACUAUACUCCUUCCCUGGCCUAUCUCUGCAGAAUGGCACCCGUGAGCGGUCCCUUUACGCUAAUCAACUGUCUGCAAACUAUCCGAGUAAUCAGAGGGAUCAGUCUCAAGAUCCAGCCUGGAUGAACCGCAUCCAGGAUCGGUCCCAGCAGGGGGAUCGCUUGUUUUCCACUGCAGAGUCUACUCACUGCCGCAAGCAACAACGACCGUCACGCAUCAGUACAGAAGGACUGCACAUAAAGCAGGAGGCCGAAGAUGAGUACACCUGCUGUGACGAUAUGGGCGACUGCCAGGAUGACACUGAUCACAAUGAGGGUGUGGAGAGCGAAUCCAAGGUUGAAAACUUUGACUCAGGGGUGAGCUCUUCCAUCAGCACAGAGACGGAUACCAUGGAGCAGCAGUCAUACCUGACAGGCUUCAGUCGAGACGGGGUUGGGGAGGGACAGCAAAACGAAGGUGCCAUGGUGCAGAUAGAGGUUAGCAACUCGUCCCCGGAGCAAAUGCAAAAGACGGAGGAUGGGGACACUUCCCACAGCACUAGUGACAGUAGCAUGAUGCAGCCCCUGCCAAACUCAGUCAAACUCAGCCCCAUGUCCCAGUACAUGCGCCAGAUAGAAUCACACACCAGCAACCUGAGGAUGGCACCCACCCUGACCAGCAAUUCCCAAGUGGGCACUGCUGUAAGUACCUUCCUGCCCACACUCUUCCCCGCACAGCCGUCUAGAGACAACAAGUCUUUCCUGUACCUUCAUGGCCAGCAGCAGCCCCAGUUUGUGGCAGUGCCCCCGCCCGCAAUGCCAUCAUUCCCAAACCCCAUGUCGGUACCGCAGGCACCAUCGCAGCAACAGCAGGCUACAGGAGGGAUGGGUCCAGGGGAGAAGAAGCCCUAUGAAUGCACUCUCUGCAGUAAAACCUUUACUGCCAAACAGAAUUAUGUCAAACACAUGUUUGUUCAUACUGGUGAGAAGCCUCAUCAGUGCAGCAUCUGCUGGCGCUCGUUUUCCCUGAAGGAUUACUUAAUUAAACAUAUGGUGACACACACAGGGGUACGGGCCUACCAAUGCAGCAUCUGCAACAAGCGUUUUACCCAGAAGAGCUCGCUGAACGUCCACAUGCGGCUGCACCGUGGAGAGAAGUCCUAUGAGUGCUACAUCUGCAAAAAGAAGUUCUCGCACAAGACCCUGCUGGAGCGCCACAUGGCCCUACACAGCAAUGCCAGUGCCAUCACUGGUCUGUCUGUGAGUGCAGGCAGUGCGGGUCCUGUCUCCAUCCCCAUGCCGAUUGCUGUCCCCGAGCCCGGAGCUGGAGUUGUGGCCCUCGCCAUGCCAGUGAGCGGCGGCGCCGGAGUAGGGGCUGGGGUUGGAACGGGAGUGGGUGUAGCUGCUGAAGCAAGCUGCCAAGAAGGGACCACCUACGUGUGCUCCGUCUGCCCUGCCAAGUUCGACCAAAUGGAGCUCUUCAAUGACCACAUGCGAAUGCAUGUCUCCGAUGGAUAAGUACAAAUUUGAAAAAAAAAAGAAACUUCUUUCUGAAAGAAUGACAAAUACAAUGGCACUAGAAUUUCCUUUUCUUAUUUUGAGGUAUGAAGAGUAAUGAGUAUAGACACUGGCACAUUAAGUUUCCCCAAAAAAAUUUUACUUUUUUUUUUUUUUCCUGUUCUAAAAGAAAAAAAAAGAUGGUGGCCUUAAGGCUCAGUAGUUUGAUGAUGAUCUACUGGAUGGAUCCAAACUACGGGCCUCUAAAUGUAUGCUUUCCUAAAAUACUGAUUUAUGUGUUGAACACUACCGAAAGGCCUACGAAAGAAACACAUACACACAAACACACCUUUAGUCUAGAUAUGUCUGAAUGACUUUAAAUGAGCAAAUAUGUUCGAACGUCUGUGUUUUUUUGCAUACAUGUUGGUCUCUUUAUUUGUCCAAUUGUGUCUGUGUGUGCGUAUGUAUUGCCGUAACACAAAAAUCAUGGCAGUGGUGAAUCCAUAUUGACCAGUUUGGAAACAUAGAUGUCCAAGCUUACUGUGGUAUAAUUUACAACGAUAACAGUAAAAAAAAGACAAAAAAACUGAAAAAAAAGUAUAUAUAUCUGGGGUUGGGCUACAUAUUCCCUCUAAAAUACUGAUGGUCACAAGAUUGCCUUCUUAUAUCAAAAAAAAAAUGCAGAGUACUUAAUUUGACACUGGGUUUUAUUUAUUCCUGUGGUUUAAGGGAUUAUAAUGCAGCUGUUGUCAAGGUACCAAUUUUAGUCAUCUUACAUAAUAGUAACUUCCUGUCAAAGGUGAUGGGGGGGAAACUUAUUAUUUCUCACCUGUUUAACGAUUAUUGUCCAUGAAUUUUGACGGUCAAGAUAACGUUUACUAAAUUAAUAUGUGUGGAUCAGACAGUAUUUUAGCAAAAAGACGUUUCCUUUUUUUCCUGGAGUUUGGAGUUUAUCUCAUUUGCAUACACUGCCUUUUUAAUAUCCUAAAAGACUGUUAAGGCUACUUAAGAUUUCUUCCACUGCAAAACAAAAAAAAAAAAAAUGGAAGAUUCUUGUGCUGAUGGUUGUUUUUUCUUUUCAGCCUUUUUCACAGUUAAGGCAGGCUGGAAUAUGGGACUAAACUCUCUCCUUCAUAAUUGCUGCUCCUCAACCUGCACCCGACUGUUAUGGGAUAUAGAUUUAGAGGAAAAAAAAAAAAAAAAAAGGAAUUGUCACUUCAACUAUUGUUGUUAUCGAGUAGCCUGUUUGGUUUUAAUCUCAUAAUUGAAUUACAGUUUCGUGGGGAGGGGGUCGGCCAGUUCCUGAUUGGAUCGGCGUUGUAAAAGAUGGUGUAAAUUAAUUUUGAGUCAGACUAAAAAGCAAAAUAAUUGCCGUCCUGAUCCUAGAACGCCUGUGUAACCUGUUCAUUACGAUUGUGGAGCUGUUUCAGCAGGUGGGAGAGCUGAGUGCAUUACUCUUCGUGCAUUCUCUCUCUCUCUCUCUCCCUGAAGGCUCAAAUGGCAUGCAACGUUUUGAAAGGAAAUACAGUCUGAAAGCAAAACAAGUAGCUUCCAUCAAUCGAUAGCACGCUGUUUCAUGAUAUACCACAAGCUGCAGAUGGACUGUGUGGAAAAACAGCAUACAUUCCCAAUUUUCUCUUACACCAAGACACAGUAUGUGUAGACUAGAUGUGGAAGCUUGUGUGUUCAUGUCGUCAUUCUUGCAUUGUGCUACUUAAGGCUGAUUUCAGAUAGUUUUUUCAUUCUUUUGUAUUUGAUUUUCUAUCCAAAAUAGGUCUCUCUCACACACACACGAACAGAGAAACACAUGCACACGUGCAACUGCAGCCUAAAGGAUUUGCUUCUUUAAGCGAGCAAACACUUUUGGUAGUUGUACGAUAAAGCGAAUAACUAACUGCAUUCAGGAGGUCUUCAAAAGACCUUCUGUCAGUUCAGAAAAAAAGUGCUGUUUUGCACAUUUUCUUAAAAUGCCUGUGCUUAAUAUUUAAUUGUUUUUCUUUAAUAAAAUUUCUUUUUCUCAAUUUUAAAGGAAAAAAAAUUUUUUGUUUAAUUUUGAUAAGUGGACUGCAUUAUCUUCUUGCAUAUAUGUUGCACUGCUUAAACCAAUAAGUGCACUACUGUUAACAGAGAUAUAGUUUUAGAAAAAAAAACUUUCUUCUUUCUUUUUUUUUUAAGAGUUCACCUGAAUAGCGGUGUUUCAAGUUUUUCAUUUUGUAAAUUUCGCAAUUCUCUGCUUUUGUUAUCGCUUGCUGUUACCUUCAGUAUACUCUGGUUCCGCGUUAAUGGAAGCAUUUAUUUUAUUUAACCAUUGUGUGUGCUCGUCUACGUUUAAACCUUUGAAAUAUUCUAUCGUCUCAGUUCCCUUAAAGGUUUUAUUAUUUCUUUUGGUUUUUGUUUUUUUUAACAGUGCAGAAUUUUCCUAUGAGAUCGUUCAAAGCCAAACAUCAUUGACAGUGAAACAACAGUAAUAAUAAAGAACCUCCCGUCCAAGUAUGCCGGCGGAAGUAAUAUUAGAUUAUUAAUAAUACACUUAUAUGUGUGUAUGUGUGUAAAUGAUGUGUGUCUCCAGGAAAAAAAAAACUUUCUGUUGUGAUGGAGUAGAGCUUCUUUGAUAUCAGUCCGUCACUUAUGCGCAGUCGUGUUCCUUUCCUUUCGGUGUUUGUGUGUCCGUGAGCGUCUGUAUGCGGUAAAUAGCCUAAUCAAAUUGUUGAUAAGUGGAAUAUCUCAACUGUAGGGCUUCCUUUGCAAUAUGCAGCGCAGGUACUAUAAAAAAACACACACACAGCUCUCCAAACCUUUUUGGGCUAAUAGGACGCCUGUAACAAUUCCUUAG